UGUUGUGGUUGAGGGCUUCAUUCCCUUCGUCUCCAUUUCUUCCGUGUCCAAUCUCUAUCUGUCUCUCUCUCUCUACUUUCUACUUUCAGCCCUCUUCUUGAGGAUGCUUUCCAAGGUCUCAAUUUGGAGCCCUCUGAAACUAAAUCAAAAGAACACUGAUCAUGAUCGCAAGAUAAACAAGAAAAGAUCGUCACUGAUCAGCUCCCACAACCACCAACUCUCGUCAACCGCCGUUGGCUUGAGGAUACUAACAGCUGCUGAUACCACUUUGCUCACCGAUCAUUCCAAUGUUGUCCUCAACUCUGGCCUCAGACUUAUUAAACCCAUUUUUCGCAUGACUGCUGCUAACCAAUCUUCCCACUCAUCCCCUACCACCCUUUCUCCUCAUUCUUCUUACUGCUAUCUCGGCUCCUGCUUCCUGUGCAACAAGACUCUACGUCUUGAUAAAGAUGUCUACAUGUACAGAGGGGAUCAAGGAUUUUGCAGUGUAGAGUGCAGGAGCAGGCAAAUAUAUCUGGAUGAAAUCAGAGAAGUAGAAAGUUCCACUAAACGGACAUUAGCAUCUUUGCGGCGUACUUGUCGGGACAGUAACUGGUGCGAGGGCGAGACCAGAACCGUCCUAGAGGAAUUCCGGCGCGAGAGAGACCGCCAGCCAAUGCCAAUGCCAUGCCAAAAGGGUCAAAGUGUAGCCCCUAUAUUUACACUCUCAUAGCUAGCGAGAAAGUAGAAACUUCAUAAAGUAUUUAUUCAGGCCACUUAAAAGUUAAAACUUACUUCCUCUGCCGGGUCCGGCGGAGAAACUAAGAGAGUACUACUUAAUAAUUAUUAAUUUGGAUAAUGGACAGCUAGGUCAAAAUAGAAGAAUCAGGAAUGAGCUGUUUAGUGUUUGGGAUUACGCUGAUUGAUCAUGUAGACGCCCUUUACAGCUUUAAUUUAGUGCUUCGCCACUUUGGCGGCGGAGAGGCGACAUAGAGAUUAUCCAAACGAGCGUAAUGUACUUGUGUUUCUCUUUGUGCAGAAAUGGGGUCGAUCUGGGCCCCUGAUACUCCA